UAUGAUCAACCUUCAGCCAAUCGUCACACGUGCAGUGGGUGGGACUAUGACCAGUGGGGGCGGGGCCGCGCGGAGGGUCGCCGGUACACUGUGCCGGUCAUGCUGCUGCACUUUUUCCAGGCCGGGCUCCGCCGCUGCCCGGGCCCCGUCAGGCUCGUCCAUCUCUCCAGCAUCGCCCGCUCUACCCCUGCACCGCCGCGCCUGCAGCUGUACGCUGCCCGCCUCCGAGAUGCUGCCCGCUACUCCACCCGCUGCACUGGCAGAACUGCCACCAAGGGCAGGACGCUGGCUCUCCUGCUGGGCCCGGCCUUUCUGGGUUUGGGUGGGAAGGUCGCCCUGUGCCAGCUGGAGGGGCAGUGCCAGCCGCCCGCCGUGUCCAGGAGUCCAGAACCAGAGUUCAGCUGGACAGAGUUCUGGAAGCUUCUGCGCCCGCAACUCCUGGCACUGCUGUCAGCCGUCAUUUUGGCUUUCGGCGCAGCGUUGCUGAAUAUACAGAUCCCUCUCAUUCUUGGGGAGCUGGUGAAUGUGGUGUCUCACUACACAAGGGAACAUGUCGGGGACUACCUGCAGGAAAUUCGGGGCCCGGCCAUGAAGCUGCUCUCGUUGUAUGCCGCCCAGGGCUUGCUGACGUGCGGUUAUAUCAUCCUGCUGUCUCGGGUCGGGGAGCGAGUUGCCGGGAGUAUGAGGAAAGCUCUGUUCACAUCUCUUCUGCACCAGGAUGUUGCUUUCUUUGACGCUCAGAAGACGGGGCUCUUGGUGAAUCGUCUCACCUCCGACGUCCAGGAGUUCAAAUCCGCCUUCAAGCAGGUCAUAUCCCAGGGCCUCAGGAACAUCACCCAGACGUUCGGCUGCUUCGUGUCGCUCUAUUACAUCUCCCCGAAGCUGACCGGCCUCCUGGUGGUGGUGAUGCCCGUCCUGGUGGGAGCCGGUGCCGUCAUUGGCUCUUUUCUGCGCGGAUUGUCGCGUCGGGCGCAGGAACAGAUCGCCAAAGCGACGGGUGUGGCCGACGAGGCGAUAGGAAAUGUGCGCACGGUGAGAGCUUUCGCCAUGGAGGACCGCGAGGUGGAGCUGUACUCCGCCGAGGUGGACAAGUCCGCUCACGUGAACGAAGUCCUGGGAAUCGGAAUCGCCGUGUUCCAGGGUCUCUCCAACAUCGCUCUGAACUGUAUUGUCCUGGGAACCAUAUUUGCUGGCGGAUCUCUGAUGGCAGGAAAUGAACUCUCGGCCGGGGAACUCAUGUCCUUCUUGGUGGCCUCUCAGACCGUACAGAGGUCUAUGGCAAACACUUCGGUGCUGUUUGGACAGGUGGUCCGGGGUCUCAGCGCGGGGGGACGCGUCUUUGAGUUUAUGCGUUUACAGCCCGAGAUCCCACUGAGAGGAGGGAAGAAACUUCCGCAGCUGACAGGAGAAAUACGCUUCAGGGACGUCUCUUUCAGUUACCCCACUCGACCGGGUCAAGAAGUCUUGAAGGGUUUUGACUUUCGUGUACCUCCUGGGAAGACCGUGGCCAUCGUGGGACAGUCCGGGGGAGGAAAGUCUACGGUUGCAGCGCUGGUGGAGCGGUUCUACGACCCCGUCCAGGGUACAGUGGAGUUAGAUGGAGUUGACAUCCGUUCACUGGACCCAUCGUGGUUAAGAGGGGAGGUCAUCGGAUUCAUCAACCAGGAACCUGUUCUAUUUGGAACAAACAUCAUGGAAAAUAUUCGCUUUGGACGACCAGACGCCAGUGACGCUGAGGUCCGUGAAGCUGCAAAACUGGCAAAUGCUGAUGACUUUAUCCAGAACUUUCCAGAUGGAUAUAAUACACUGCUAGGUGAGCGUGGAGUCACCCUUUCUGGAGGUCAGAAGCAGCGAGUGGCCAUCGCUCGAGCUCUCCUCAAAGACCCCCGGAUUUUAAUCCUGGAUGAAGCUACAAGCGCACUAGAUGCAGAGUCUGAGCGGACGGUGCAGUUGGCUCUGGAUCGUGCAUCCUCCGGCCGCACUGUGUUAGUCAUUGCCCAUCGGCUCAGCACCAUUGCAGAUGCCGAUAUCAUCGUGGUCUUGUCAAAGGGCCGCAUCGCUGAGAGUGGAACCCAUCGGGAGCUGCUGAGGAAGGGCGGCCUGUAUGCAGAGCUCAUACAGAGACAAAGCCAAGAGUCCUAGAAACAGAUAACAUACCUCAUCCAUCCCAUAAUACAACUGGAAGACAAUGAAACAAGCUACAUGCAAGGAAAAUGGUCCAAAAAACCAUCACUGUGCGAAAGACAAGACCCCGGGCUGCUGCAGAACCUCAUUUCUGUAUGAAGGAGAAGAGAUCUCGACUGCUGUCAUGGUCUGUUACUGCAUACAGGAGAUGAGAUCCUGCCCGAUAUUUUUGGCUAUUACUACAUACAGAAGAGGAGAUCCUCGCUGAUAUUAGUGUCUAUUGCUAUGUACAGGAGAGGAGAUCCUGCCGAUAUUUUUGGCUAUUACUACAUACAGGAGAGGAGAUCCUGUCUGAUAUUAGUGGCUAUUACUACAUACAGAAGAGGAGAUCUUGACUGUUAUUAGUGGCUAUUACUACAUACAGGAGAGGAGAUCUUGACUGUUAUUAGUGGCUAUUACUACAUACAGGAGAGGAGAUCUUGACUGUUAUUAGUAAUCCAUCACUAUAUACAGAACAGACGAUUCUUGCUGAUAUUAGUGCCUAUAACCACACACAAGAGAGGAGAUCCUUUGCUGUUAUUAGUGUCUAUGACUACAUUUAGAAGAGGAGAACCUGAUUGAUAUUACUGUCUAUAACUCUAUACAGGAGAGGAGAUCCUCGCUAACAUUAGUAAUCUAUUACUACAUACAGGAGAGGAGAUCCUCGCUAACAUUAGUAAUCUAUUACUACAUACAGGAGAGGAGAGCCCCACUAACAUUAGUAAUCUAUUACUACAUACAGCACUAGGUCUGGUGACUAUACGUGUGUAAUGUAUGGUGAAAUAUUAGGUUUGGACUGGAGGGUCAGUUAAAGGGGUUAUCUAACAUCUAUUGAAAAUGAUUGGAGGGACGAUCCGUUCCAGUGCCAUAUCCUCUCACAUGAUCGCUGCCGGCCAAUCAGUGACAUGUGCAGGAACGGCAGGUGACUGCUGAAGCUCAGAAAAGAACCUUGCGUAUUGUCUUGUAGUAUCACAGCGACAGGAAACGCACGUGACCACCCCUGCGGAAGGACAUACAGUGUAUAUAGAGUUUAUAAUAGACCAAAAUACUAUCCUCUGUACUGUACUAUUCUGGUGAUGAGGAGCAUCAGGCUGUAAUAUAGUCACUGACCGACUAACGAAAUAAAAGAUUUCCUGAAGUCUC